AUGCACCUCCUUCAUCCCUGCUGGUCCUGCUGCUGUCUGCUCAUCUUCUUCCUGGGAGUCCAGGGGGCCCCAGGGGCUCCCAGCGCCACCCCUGAGCAAGUCCAUCUCUCCUACCCAGGUGAGCCAGGCUGCAUGACUGUCACCUGGACCACAUGGGUCCCAACCCGCUCAGAAGUGCAGUACGGGCUGCAGCCGUCAGGGCCCCUGCCCCACCGGGCCCUGGGCACCUUCAGCCUCUUCGUGGAUGGGGGCAUCCUCCAGCGGAAGCUCUACAUACACCGAGUCACGCUGCGGGGGCUGCUGCCUGGUGUCCGAUAUGUUUACCGCUGUGGAAGUAACCAGGGCUGGAGCCGUCGGUUCCGCUUCAGGUCCCUAAAGAAUGGGGCCCACUGGAGCCCCCACCUGGCUGUGUAUGGGGACCUAGGGGCUGACAACCCAAAGGCUUUACCCCGGCUGCGCAGGGACACCCAGCAGGGCAUGUACGAUGCCGUUCUCCAUGUGGGAGACUUUGCCUAUAACAUGGACCAGGACAACGCCUGUGUCGGGGACAGGUUCAUGAGGCUCAUUGAACCCGUGGCGGCCAGCCUGCCAUACAUGACGUGCCCGGGGAACCACGAAGAACGCUAUAAUUUCUCUAACUACAAGGCUCGCUUCAGCAUGCCAGGGAACAGUGAAGGCUUGUGGUACAGCUGGGAUGUGGGCCCAGCCCACAUCAUUUCCUUCUCCACGGAAGUAUAUUUCUUUCUCCAUUACGGCCGCCACCUGGUGGAGAGACAGUUCCGCUGGCUGGAGAGUGACCUCCAGAAAGCCAGUAAGAAUCGGGCAGUCCGGCCGUGGGUCAUAACCAUGGGUCACCGACCCAUGUACUGUUCCAACGCUGAUCUGGAUGACUGCACAUGGCACGAAAGCAAGGUCCGCAAAGGCCUCCUCGGCCAUCUCUAUGGAUUGGAGGAUCUUUUCUACAAAUAUGGGGUUGAUCUGCAGAUAUGGGCUCAUGAGCACUCGUAUGAACGGCUGUGGCCAAUUUAUAACUACCAGGUAUUAAAUGGCAGCAGAGAGAAGCCCUACACCAACCCUCGAGGACCUGUCCAUAUUAUCACAGGAUCUGCUGGCUGUGAGGAGCGGCUGACCCCCUUCACCAUCCGCCCGCGGCCCUGGAGCGCCGUACGUGUGAAGGAGUAUGGGUACACGCGGCUACACAUCCUCAACGGGACUCACGUCCACAUCCAGCAGGUGUCCGACGACCAGGAUGGGAAGAUCGUGGACGACAUCUGGGUGGUGAGACCCCUGCAGGGCCGAAUGAUGUACCUCUAG